CUAUUAUAUGCAUUUGAUUAUCUUCAAUUGAUUUCUUCUCUAGAUUCUCAAUUCCUUGUUCGAUACAUUCAUUCAUAUUGAAACUCAAACAAUACGUUUCUAAUUUAAUUUCAGGGUUGGUACUGUACGAGUACCAAUUGAGGAUUGAAAUUAGGGUUUUUGUUUGAUUUAAUUAAAUUAAUAAUUUUAUGUGAAAGAAGAAAAAAUGGAUCGAGAGAUUGGUGAGUGAAAUUGAAGGUGGGAUUGUGUUCUUGUAUGGAAACACGUAGCCGGAAGAGGGCGGAGGGUUCCUCAACUGCCCCUUCAUCAUCAUCGACGACGCCUCGCACCACUCGUUCAACUUCAACAAAGCGCACUCGUCUUUCUUCGAUCUCUAAUUCAACCUCUGUUGCUGUUAACACUCGUUCUCGUUCAUCAAUGGAUUCUCACCCCGCUAACGAAUCUUCCUCCGGUUCGCGCCGUGAUCGCCGCGGUAAGAAUCACUCCGACAGGGAUAAUUCCGAUAAAGGUAAGGAGAAAGAACACGAUGUUAGGGUUAGGGAUGGUGACCGAGAUCAAGAGCGAAGCUUGGUCGGAUUAAACUUGAUUAUCGGAGGUAAUGGUGGUGCCGGUGAUGACGAUGAUGAGAAUGAUGAUGACAGUGAUGGUGAAGCCGGGAUCUUCCACGAGAAUUUAACGUCUGCUAGUAGUGCUCUUCAGGGGCUUCUUCGGAAACUCGGUGCUGGAUUCGAUGAUCUAAUUCCGGUGGGUGGUGGUUCAUCAUCUUCUUCUCAUCAGAAUGGGAGGCUGAAGAUAAUUCUGUCCGAGUUGCGUGCCGAUGGGGAAGAAGGUAGACAGGUUGAGGCAUUGACGCAGUUAUGUGAAAUUCUUUCUAUUGGCACUGAAGAUUCUCUCAGCACGUUUUCCGUUGAUUCAUUUGUUCCUGUGUUGGUGGGGUUGCUUAACCAUGAGGGCAACCCUGAUAUCAUGCUUCUAGCUGCAAGGGCUCUAACUCAUCUCUGUGAUGUGCUCCCUUCAUCUUGUGCUGCUGUUGUGCAUUAUGGUGCUGUGCCAAUGUUCUGUGCCAGAUUGCUUACCAUAGAGUAUAUGGAUUUGGCCGAGCAGUCACUUCAAGCACUCAAGAAGAUUUCUCAGGAGCACCCUACUGCUUGUCUUCGAGCCGGUGCUCUGAUGGCCGUGCUUUCUUAUUUGGACUUCUUCUCGACUGGAGUUCAGAGGGUGGCAUUGUCAACUGCUGCUAAUAUGUGCAAGAAGCUUCCUUCUGAUGCGGCUGACUUUGUGAUGGAAGCUGUUCCUCUCUUGACGAAUCUCCUUCAGUAUCAUGAUUCCAAGGUUCUCGAGCACGCCUCCAUUUGUUUGACUCGAAUAGCUGAAGCAUUUGCGUCAUCACCAGACAAGUUAGAUGAAUUGUGCAAUCAUGGACUGGUAGCACAAGCUGCGUCUCUCAUUUCUACUAGUAGUUCUGGAAGUGGCCAGGCUUCUCUCGGCACAUCAACAUAUACUGGUUUGAUCCGACUUCUUUCCACGUGUGCAAGUGGGUCCUCUCUUGGAGCUAAAACAUUGUUUCUCCUCGGAAUUAGUGGCAUUCUUAAAGAUACACUAUCUGGUUCUGGAGUUUCGUCCAAUACCUCUGUUUCACCUGCAUUGAGUAGGCCAGCAGAUCAGAUAUUUGAGAUUGUGAAUCUGGCAAAUGAGCUUCUGCCUCCGUUGCCUCAAGGAACUAUGUCUUUUCCAGUCAUCUCCAAUGUCUUUUUGAAAGGCCCCAUUCUGAAAAACUCUCCUGCUAACAAUUCUGGGACUCCAGAAGACUCAAAUGGAAAUGUUCAGGAGAUAUCAGCUCGAGAGAAAAUACUAAAUGAUCAGCCUGAGUUACUUCAGCAAUUUGAGAUGGACCUCCUCCCAGUUUUGAUGCAGAUAUAUGGUUCCAGCGUUAGUGGUCCUGUUCGCCACAAAUGUCUCUCUGUCAUUGGAAAAUUGAUGUAUUUCAGCACUGCUGAGAUGAUCCAGUCUUUGUUGAGUGUGACAAAUAUAUCAAGUUUCUUAGCUGGCGUUCUAGCAUGGAAAGAUCCACAUCUUUUGGUUCAUGCCUUGCAAAUUGCAGAAAUUCUUAUGGAAAAGCUUCCUGGAACAUUCUCUAAGAUGUUUGUCAGAGAAGGUGUGGUCCAUGCAGUUGACCAACUUAUUUCUUCUGGAGAGAAGGAUAAUGGUUCUGUAUUAGGAGCAUCUUCUCGCCCUAGCCGCUAUCACUUACGCAGUGGUAACUCAAAUCCCGAUGGAGUUCUCCUAGACGAUUUGAAGAGUCCAGUUCCAGCAAAUGUGGGCGUGCGACCAAGUUCUGUUGAAACUCCAACAAUUAACUCAAGCAUUCGGUCAUCUGUUAGCUCAGCUGCUAAAGCUUUUAAAGACAAGUACUUUCCUUCUGAUCCUGGGGACGUUGAAGUGGGUGUUAGUGAUGAUCUUUUGCACCUGAAAAAUCUUUGCAUGAAGUUGAAUACUGGUGUUGAAGACAAAAGAGCUAAGGCAAAGGGAAAAGUUAAAGCUUCUGGAUUUGGUCAGGAAAAUAAUUCUGCUAAUACAGAAGAAUAUUUGAUUCAGGUGAUUUCUGACAUGUUAAAGGAGCUUGGCAAAGGAGAUGGUGUGUCUACCUAUGAAUUUAUUGGUAGCGGUGUUGUUGAAGCUUUGCUGAAUUACCUUUCUUGUGGAUAUUCCUCUAAACAUCGAAUCUCCGAAACCAAUAUGCUCAAGCUUCGCCAACUAGCACUUACGAGGUUUAAGUCAUUUGUAGCUGUUGCACUACCUUCUAACACUGACAAUGGGGUUGCUGCUCCUAUGACUGUCUUGGUUCAGAAGCUUCAAAAUGCUUUGUCCUCCUUGGAGCACUUCUCUGUUAGGAUGAGUCCGCCAUCUCGAUCAUCUAGUGGAAGUGCACGUCUUUCCUCUGGACUUAGUGCAUUAUCUCAGCCCUACAAGCUGCGUCUUUGUCGAGCCCAGGGUGAAAAGUCACUUAAGGAUUAUUCAUCCAAUAUUGUACUGAUUGAUCCUUUAGCAAGUUUAGCAGCCAUCGAGGAGUUUCUCUGGCCUCGUGUCCAGCGUGGUGAAUCUGGUCAAAAGUCUAAUGUUCCUGCUGGGAAAUCGGAAUCAGGAACAACUCCAACAGGAGCAGGUGUUUCAUCUCCUUCUACUUGUACUCCAUCCACUGUCCGUCGUCAUUCUACUAGAUCAAGAACUUCUGUUAAUAUAGGAGAUACUCCUAGAAAAGAAAAAUCUCAAGAUAAAACCAUGAGCUCAUCUAAGGUCAAGGGUAAGGCUGUAUUAAAGCCUGCACAGGAGGAAGCAAGAGGGCCCCAAACAAGGAAUGCUGCACGGAGAAGAGAAGAUCUCAACAAAGAUGCUUUCAUGAAACCUACAAAUGGUGACUCAACAUCUGAGGAUGAAGAAUUGGUUAUAUCUCCUGUUGAGAUUGAUGAUGAUUUGGUGAUUGAAGAUGAUGAUAUUUCUGAUGAUGAUGAAGAUGACGACGACGACGACCAUGAAGAUGUGCUGAGGGAUGAUUCUCUUCCUGUUUGCUCUCCUGACAAAGUACAUGAUGUGAAAUUGGGUGACCCAGCUGAAGGGAGUACUGUAGCUGCGGCAACAAGUGAUAGCCACACUAAUGUAGCUUUAGGUUCUAGCAGCAAAGCUGGUACAGCCAGGGAAUCUGACUCUGCCAAUUUUAGAAGUGGCCAUUCAUCUAGCUCAAGGGGGGCAACGUCAUUUGCUGCUGCUGCCAUGGCUGGACUUGGAUAUGCUAAUAGCAGAGGUUUCAGGGGUGGCAGAGAUAGGCACGGACGACUGUUGUUUGGAAGUUCUAAUGAUCCUCCAAAAUUGAUUUUUUCUGCUGGUGGGAAACAGCUCAAUAGAAAUCUGACUGUAUAUCAGGCAGUUCAAAGACAGUUUGUGCUAGAUGAAGACGAUGAUGAUAGGUUUGCUAGAAGUGAUUUUGCUUCCGGUGAUGGAAGUAGUCCAUGGGGUGAAAUGUACACCAUCACUUAUCAGAGGGCAGCAAACGAGAAGGAUAGGGACCCUACUGGAGAAUCAAGUUCAAAUACUUCAAAUGCUGCUAAAUCUGGUUCGGCCUCUAAUUCCAGUUCUGAAGCUAAGUUGCAUCAUACGUCAGUUCUAGACGGUAUAUUGCAGGGAGAAUUGCCCUGUGAUCUAGAAAAGUCUAAUCCUACCUACAAUAUUCUGGCACUACUACGUGUGCUAGAAGGUUUGAACCAGCUUGCACCUCGUCUGAGGGCCCAAAUGCUUAAUGAUAGUUUUGCCGAGGGAAAAAUCUCUGAUUUAGAUGAGCUAGGUGUUACCACUGGUGCUAGGGUGUUUCCAGAGGAAUUUGUCAAUAGCAAGCUUACCCCAAAAUUGGCCCGGCAAAUACAGGAUGCAAUUGUACUGUGCAGUGGCGGUCUUCCCUCAUGGUGUAACCAGUUGACUAAAGCAUGCCCUUUCUUGUUUCCUUUUGAGACUCGACGACAGUACUUUUAUUCAACUGCUUUUGGAUUAUCUCGUGCACUCUAUCGACUCCAGCAGCAGCAAGGUGCUGAUGGUCUUGGAUCAACAACUGAAAGAGGGAUGAGAGUUGGGAGAUUGCAGCGCCAAAAGGUUCGCGUAUCACGAAAUCGCAUUUUGGAUUCUGCUGCAAAAGUUAUGGAGAUGUAUUCUAGCCAAAAAGCUGUACUUGAAGUAGAAUAUUUUGGUGAAGUUGGCACUGGUCUGGGUCCCACCCUUGAGUUUUAUACAAUUCUAAGUCACGACUUACAAAAAGCUGGAUUGCAAAUGUGGAGAUCUUAUUUUUCCGAGAAACAUAAAAUGGAAGUUGAUGGAGAUGAGAAGAAAAUGAAAAACAGUGAAGGCUCUAGCCCUAAUGUUGCUGGAGAUGGGGAAUUAGUUCAAGCUCCUCUGGGGUUGUUUCCUCGGCCAUGGCCUACAAGUUGUGAUGUAUCGGAGGGUAGCCAGUUUACAAAAGUGGUUGAGCGUUUUCGGAUGCUAGGCCGUGUGAUGGCUAAAGCUCUUCAAGAUGGACGACUAUUGGAUCUGCCAUUCUCAGUGGCAUUUUAUAAGCUUGUUCUUGGUCAAGAUCUUGAUUUGCACGACAUUCUUUUCAUUGAUGCGGAGCUUGGGAAGACAUUGCAAGAGUUGAAUGCCAUUGUUCGGCGCAAGCAUCAUAUAAAAUCCAUUGGUGGUAGUGCUACUGAUGCAAACACUAACUUUGUUUUUCGUGGCACCCAAAUUGAAGAUCUCUGCUUGGACUUUACACUUCCUGGCUAUCCAGAAUACAUAUUGAAACCAGGAGAUGAAAUAGUUGAUAUCAACAAUUUGGAGGAGUAUGUAUCCUUGGUGGUUGACGCAACUGUCAAGACUGGAAUCAUGCGACAAAUGGAAGCAUUCAGAACAGGGUUUAACCAGGUUUUUGACAUUUCAUCUUUACAAAUUUUUACUCCCCAAGAACUGGAUAAUUUGCUUUGCGGUCGCAGAGAGUUGUGGGAGGGAGAGACACUUGCUGAGCAUAUAAAAUUCGACCAUGGAUACACUGCUAAGAGCCCUGCUAUUGUUAAUUUACUUAAAAUUAUGGGAGAGUUCACUCCAGAACAACAGCGUGCCUUCUGUCAGUUUGUUACUGGUGCGCCUAGGCUGCCACCUGGUGGGCUGGCAGUUCUAAAUCCAAAACUAACGAUUGUGAGGAAGCUGUCGUCAACUGCAGUAAAUACUUCGUCUAUUGGGAAUGUGCCUUCAGAAUUAGCAGAUGAUGACUUGCCCAGUGUUAUGACAUGUGCUAAUUACCUGAAGCUUCCUCCUUAUUCUACCAAGGAAGUUAUGUACAAAAAGCUACUCUAUGCAAUCAGUGAAGGCCAGGGAUCCUUUGAUUUAUCAUGAGUUUACCAGAACUAACCAACCUAACCCUGAAUGUUAAUGGAGGAACCACAGUUUAUUCUGGAGACUCGGUUAUCUAUUGUUUGCAUGUACUGUCCUCUGCUUCUAAAAUAAUGCACUCGUUCUUGAUGCUCAAUACAAAGUUGUGGUGUAGUUCAGCUUAUGAACAAUUCGUAAUUUUUUCUUCAAAGUAAUACGGAGGCUCUUUUUUUUUACGAAGUAAUAAGAUUUCUUCCGUGAAUGGCAGUGGAAUCAGUUCGCCACAUUUUCAAGGUGCAAGGGAAUUUAAGGAGCUCUUUUUUCAAUUUUAUCUGUUAGAACUUGUAAAUAAAUAGGCAUAUGAAAUUUUGAUUUGUUCUUUAAAAGGUUUCAUUAUUCUGUUUGUAAGUCAAAUCAUUAGUAAUCACAUGUAAGAAAAGAUGGUAAAGGGAAGAGAAAUAAUUUGAAAUUUUAUUCUUUGUGGUCUCAUUAUUAUGUAUGUUCCUCUUAGUUCUGACAUGAGGAGCUCUAUUGUAAAAUUUUGUCGUAAGUUUCUUUUUUGCGGAAGGCAAUUGGCUGGUUUGAAGCCUUAUAA